AUGGCUAGUUUUUGUAACACAGAACACAGCAUAGUAUUGCAGAACUAUAAAAUAGUUGAAUUGAUUUCUAGGAGACUGCUGCCUCCUUACUUCUGUCCUUAUUAUGAAUGUUCUCACAAUUCAGUGUUGUUAAUAACAAUACUUGUAGUGGAAGGAAUUGCAGUGGCCCAAAAGACCCAAGAUGGACAAAAUAUUGGAAUCAAGCACAUUCCUGCAACCCAGUGUGGCAUUUGGGUUCGAACCAGCAAUGGAGGUCAUUUUGCUUCACCAAAUUACCCUGACUCAUAUCCACCAAACAAGGAGUGUAUCUACAUUUUGGAAGCUGCUCCACGUCAAAGGAUAGAGUUGACCUUUGAUGAACGUUAUUACAUAGAACCAUCAUUUGAAUGUCGGUUUGAUCACUUGGAAGUUCGAGAUGGGCCGUUUGGUUUCUCUCCUCUUAUAGAUCGUUACUGUGGCAUGAAAAGCCCUCCAUUAAUUAGGUCAACAGGAAGAUUCAUGUGGAUUAAGUUUAGUUCUGAUGAAGAACUUGAAGGACUGGGAUUUCGAGCAAAAUAUUCAUUUAUUCCAGAUCCAGACUUUACUUACCUAGGAGAUUGCCAGUUUGAGCUAUCAGGAGCUGAUGGAAUAGUGCGUUCUAGUCAGGUAGAACAAGAGGAAAAAACGAAACCUGGCCAAGCAGUUGAUUGCAUAUGGACAAUUAAAGCUACUCCAAAAGCUAAGAUUUAUUUGAGGUUCCUCGAUUACCAAAUGGAGCACUCAAACGAGUGCAAGAGAAACUUCGUUGCAGUCUAUGAUGGAAGCAGUUCUAUUGAAAACCUGAAGGCCAAGUUUUGCAGCACUGUGGCCAAUGAUGUGAUGCUUAAAACAGGAGUCGGAGUGAUACGAAUGUGGGCAGAUGAAGGUAGUCGACUUAGCAGGUUUAGAAUGCUCUUUACUUCCUUUGUGGAGCCUCCCUGCACAGGCAGCACUUUCUUUUGUCAUAGCAACAUGUGCAUCAAUAAUUCUUUAGUCUGUAAUGGCGUUCAAAACUGUGCAUACCCUUGGGAUGAAAAUCAUUGUAAAGAAAAGAAAAAAGCAGGACUAUUUGAACAAAUCACUAAAACUCAUGGAACAAUUAUUGGCAUUACAUCAGGGAUUGUCUUGGUCCUUCUCAUUAUUUCGAUUCUAGUACAAGUGAAACAGCCUCGAAAAAAGGUCAUGGCUUGCAAAACUGCUUUUAAUAAAACUGGGUUCCAAGAAGUGUUUGAUCCUCCUCAUUACGAGCUGUUUUCCCUGAGGGACAAAGAGAUCUCCGCAGACCUGGCAGACUUGUCAGAAGAGCUGGACAGCUACCAGAAGAUGCGGCGCUCGCCCACUGCCUCCCGGUGCAUCCACGACCAUCACUGUGGAUCGCAGGCAGCCGGCGUCAAACAAAGCAGGACCAACCUCAGCUCCAUGGAACUUCCUUUCCGAAAUGACUUUGCACAACCACAGCCAAUGAAGACGUUUAACAGCACCUUCAAAAAAAGUAGCUACACUUUCAAACAGGGACACGAGUGCCCUGAACAGGCACUAGAAGACAGAGUAAUGGAGGAGAUUCCUUGUGAAAUUUAUGUCAGGGGGCGAGAAGAUUCUGCACAAGCAUCCAUAUCCAUCGACUUUUAA